CGGGCUGGGCGUGUGGGUUUCUGAGCAAGGCUGCAGCCAGCGGCCAAACGCUCUCUCCGCCUGCCCCCCACUGCCCCCAGCAGCGGAGCUAGGUAUGGAAAUGAUACCGGAUGAACAGCUCGCACGGAAUUUCUGAGAUGGCUUCAGAUAAAAGCAAUCAAGAUGCUCCUACUGAAUGUCUUAAUUAUGUACGUCUCUGUGCCCUUCCUGAUCCGAAUAUUUCCUUCGCUGUUACGAAAGUUUGUCUAUCUCAAUUUUUGCAUGCUCUUCCGCACAACAGAUGGAAGGAAUCGGAGGGGAAGGACCUCAGCUGGCACGAAGAGGCCCUCUCGGAUGCUAAUCCCAUCAUCAUCUAUCUCCAUGGCAACGGGGGUACCAGGGCAACAAGUCACAGAGUUAAAUUCAUAAAGGUGAUGAGCGAAGGUGGCUUUCACGUGGUCGCUGUUGACUACAGAGGCUACGCGGACUCCACGGGGGAGCCAAGUGAGGACGGCUUCACGAAGGACAUUCUGUGUGUUUACGACUGGGUGAAGGAGCGGAGCGGGAGCAGCACCGUCGUCCUGUGGGGGCACUCCCUGGGCACGGGAAUUUCCACCAACACGGCUAUGAAGCUGAAGAAAAAAGAUGGGACUGUUCUGGACGCCAUCGUCCUGGAGGCGCCUUACACAAACAUCCGGGAGGCAGCAGCCAAUAUCCCCAUCACCAAAAUCUACCGCAAGUUCCCCGGCUUCGAGUAUUUAAUCCUAGACACCAUGGCGCGAGCGGACAUGCACUUUCCCAACGACAAAAAUGUUAAGGUGCUGUCCAAUCCGUUCUUGAUCUUGCACUCGGAAGACGACAUGGUCAUCCCUGUCCACCUGGGAAGAAAGCUCUUUGAGAUGGCCUACAAUGCCUCCACGAAGAAAGAGAACAUCAAGUUUAUCUCCUUCCCUCCUGAACUGGGCUUUGGACAUGACCACAUCUCCUCUCAUCCGGACCUCCCCUCCAUUCUGAAAGGUUUCCUGGAGAGCAUCCAGUGACAGCAGCGGCAGAAGGCCCCCCUCCCAUGACGCCGAGACCCCCGCCCCCUGCACAGAGAGCUCCCACUGCUUCCGGACUGACUUGCCACGGAUAAUAAAGUCACUGGUGAAAAAGACGC